GCCUGAGCGGCUCAGCCAGCCUGCCUGCCUGCCAAGCCAAGUCGUCGCCAGUUCGCCACCCACCGCCACGUCUCCCCACUCCUUUCCCCGCGAGCGCGGCGGAGCUCGACGAACCCCGUCCCGAAUGGCGACCGCGUGCCCGCCGCUCUCGCUGCCGUCCACCUCCCUCCUCCGCGGCGGCGGGUCCGCCCGCGCCGGGCCCAGGCGCCGGCAGCUCUCCGCCGUCCGCUGCAGCGCCGUCGGAGAGGCAGUGGCGGAGGAGGCUUCGGUCGUGACGGCGGAGGAGCCUCUGCUGGUCAGCGCUAUUAGAGGGAAGAAGGUCGAGAGGCCGCCCGUCUGGCUCAUGAGGCAGGCCGGGAGGUACAUGAAGAGCUAUCAAUUGCUUUGUGAGCGAUAUCCAAAUUUCCGUGAAAGAUCAGAAAAUGUCGACCUAGUUGUUGAGAUCUCUCUGCAACCAUGGAAGGUUUUCAAGCCUGAUGGAGUCAUCUUGUUCUCGGAUAUCCUUACUCCACUUCCUGGGAUGAACAUACCUUUCGACAUCGUGAAAGGAAAAGGUCCGGUGAUUUAUGAUCCCUUGAGAACAGCAGCUGCUGUGAAUGCAGUUAGAGAAUUUGUUCCUGAGGAGUGGGUCCCUUAUGUGGGGCAGGCUCUAAAUUUGUUGCGACAAGAGGUUAAAAAUGAAGCUGCAGUUCUAGGUUUUGUUGGAGCUCCCUUUACCUUGGCAUCUUACUGUGUGGAAGGAGGUUCAUCAAAGAACUUUACAAUGAUUAAGAAAUUAGCCUUCUCAGAACCAACGAUUCUGCACAAUUUGCUACAAAAAUUCACAACAUCAAUGGCUAACUACAUUAAAUACCAAGCGGACAAUGGGGCACAGGCUGUCCAAAUUUUUGAUUCAUGGGCUACCGAACUCAGCCCAACUGAUUUUGAGGAGUUUAGCCUGCCUUAUCUAAAGCAGAUCGUGGAUAGUGUCAGGGAAACGCAUCCUGAUUUGCCCUUGAUACUAUAUGCAAGUGGGUCUGGGGGCUUGCUGGAGAGGCUUCCUUUGACCGGUGUUGACGUUGUCAGCUUGGACUGGACAGUCGACAUGGCUGAGGGCAGAAAAAGAUUGGGAUCUAACAUAGCAGUUCAGGGGAAUGUGGACCCUGGUGUUCUUUUUGGAUCGAAAGAGUUCAUUAGUAAGCGGAUCUAUGACACUGUGCAGAAGGCUGGUAAUGUUGGACAUGUAUUGAACCUUGGUCAUGGCAUCAAGGUUGGAACUCCAGAGGAGAAUGUUGCUCACUUCUUUGAGGUUGCAAAAGGAAUCAGAUACUAAAGGACCUUGGUUGUUGCCUUUCUCCCCAUCAGCAGAAGUUUGUAGAAUCGCUGGUUGAGGAUAGAUGCAGAAAGCCAUGUCUAGCAUAGAGUACUUGAAGAACACAUUUUUGUGAUUGAUUUUGUUGUCGCAUUUCAAGUUCCUAUUUCAGAGUAAUAUUGUAAGAGAAUUUGAGCUAAGGCGUAAUGAAGUGCCUACUUUUGUUUAUACCACUAUAAUAGCAGUAUAGUUAUGUAGUAACAGUCCAAUCUUAUCUGUCCAAUCAAGAUUAUUGAUUACAUGUUCCCAUGAUAGAAA